AAUCAUGCAUACAGUUUAUUGAAGCCCUGAUGACUUCUCUUAAAUCAUGUGUUAAAUACAUAUAAAUAAAUAAUGCACCAUAACUUCCUGGUCUGGCAAAAUUUUGUGGACGUGAUUUCCCUAUUAAGAGUGUAUGAGAAGGUCUACUUUUUCGAGAUGUGCCAAAAGAUGACAAUCUAAGCGUUAUUUUAUUGGCUAAUCAGACGUUAUGAUUUUAGUCAUUUUUCAUUUCCUGUUAUAUGGUAGAUUUUCCGAAGCUUAUGAAAAUUUAGCCCUGCAGAGGCCUACAUAUCAAGAGAAUCCAUGGUCUGAUAAUUACUGGGGAGCUGGUAAGGCAGUGGAUGGACGAUAUACAGACCGCUCAGCACCAGGAGGCCAGUGUACAAUAUCUAAUAAUGCAAAACAGACAGCAACGUGGAGAGUAGAUCUGGAGAGAUUGGUCAGCAUUAGUCACAUCAACAUAUUCUACAGGACUGAUAAUCAACCUCGUCCAAGCGUUUUCGUUCAACGGAUGGCAGGAUUUUUUCUUUACGUUUCUAAUACUACUUCUAAAGAUAACAGUCAUCUCUGUUUCCAUGAGAUUCAAAGAGUAGCCGGCACUCCAUCAGAAGAUCAGAGAAUAAACUGCUCUGUACAUGGACGAUAUGUCAUAUACUACAACGAGAGGCGAACGGAUUUGACGUAUCCUAGUUAUUACUCCCAGUAUGCAUUUAAUGAACUAUGCGAACUUCAAGUUUUUGGAUGCGCUAGCCCGAAGUUUUACGGAGAGAACUGUGCCCAGCCAUGUCCAGACAAAUGUCAAGAGGAACACUGUGAUAUAAACACAGGCCAGUGCCCCGGAUGUAAGCCAGGGUACCAGGGACCUUUCUGUAGUCAAGAAUGCAGCAAAAAAACAUACGGUCUGGAAUGUUCCGUAUCCUGUGGUAACUGUAGCAAUGGAGAAACCUGUCACCAUAUAAACGGAACAUGUCUCAACGGGUGUAGUGAGGGUGUUAAUGGUACGAAAUGUCUGACGGCAUGCCUGCCGGGCUAUUAUGAUAAGAACUGUAGAUAUAGAUGUAGUGAUAACUGCGGCGUACCUAACUCGUGUGACAGAUUUACUGGACAGUGUGUGGGAGGGUGUCAGCCAGGGUGGAAGGGGAUCCGAUGUGACCAAAAAUGUGAUGGUAGAAUGUACGGUGCUAACUGCAAUGAGAACUGUGGAAACUGUCUUGACAAUGAACAAUGUGACCAUAUUAAUGGCACGUGCUUUAACGGAUGUACCUCUGGAUACAUGGGCAACCUCUGUAACGAAACUUGUAGCAUACCAUACUGGGGCGCUAAGUGUCGAGAAAUCUGUAGUACAGGCUGUCUGAACCAAACAUGCCACCACGUGUCGGGAAAAUGCUUGCUUAACGUGGAGUCCCAUAACGAUGAUUCAUCUGAUUCCAUCCAUGCUGGAGUGAUAGGGGGUGUCGUCGCAGCUUUUGCAAUUGUCAUUAUAAUUAUAGUUUCCUUGAUAAUUUUCAGAAGAUUUCGAUCUUUGAAAACCAAACAGCCAGGUGAAAUAAAUAUAGAUAACAAAAAGGUAACAGAUUUUGCCGUUAGGAAUGAUAUUUAUGAAAAUUUGGAGGAAUCUUCGCCCUCCAGAGACCAUAAAGGGCAGCAAAAUAUUGCAAGAUCAGAUCAGCCGUAUGAUGAACUGGAAAUCAAAAACAACGAUAAAGAAGACGACAUGGAUGAUGAUGAGAAAUUACAUGAGGAAAAUCCAUACGGUGAUUUAUAUAUAAACGAGGAAUCAAUUCCAGAUAUCAGUAUCAAUAAAUUAGAAAAGAUUAUCAAAGAAUAUAAAGAGGAAGAAGAUGACGGAUUCAAGAAAGAGUACGCAACGUUGCCAUAUGGUGAACGAAAAGCUUGUGAGGCGGGGAAACUCUCAGAGAAUAUACCUAAAAAUAGAUUCAAAACAACCUUUCCAUAUGAUCAUUCAAGAGUGAAACUGUCCAACAGGAAACCUGACUAUAUUAACGCUAACUUUAUCGACAGUUUAGAAAAAAUGAAUGCAUAUAUUGCUGCACAAGGACCGAAACAAAAUACACUGUCGGAUUUUUGGACCCUGGUAUGGCAGGAAAAUGUCAGACAAAUUGUCAUGCUCACCAAUCUGAAAGAAGACAACAAGGUCAAAUGUAUUCAAUAUUGGCCUGAUUUACACAAAUCGUCUACAUCUGGUGUAUUGUCUUUGAGUUUGGAGGAAGAGAAAAUCUACGCAUUUUAUAUCAUUAGGAAAAUAAAAAUCACACAUAAAGGGUUAAAAGAUAGCCGACUGAUUACACAAUACCACUAUACUGCUUGGCCGGAUCAUGGGACUCCAGAACCGCUCUGUCUUGUAGUAUUCCAUGAUCACGUGACUAGAACCAGGGAAAAGCAAUAUGGCGGUCCAACAUUAGUGCACUGCAGUGCCGGUAUUGGCAGGACUGGUACCUAUAUCGCUAUAGACGCUUUACACCAGGAGGGCCAGAAACAUGGCAGAGUCAACAUCGCAGAAUACGUGAAGACAAUGAGAGAAAACAGGAUGAAUAUGAUCCAAACAUAUGAACAAUACAAAACAGUCUUUUUGGUUCUCAACGAAAUGUUCAAAGCUCCAUCACGUGUGUGUAGCAGAACAGAAUUUGUCAAGAAGGCAGAAUUAUUGACCAGAGAUAAACCAGCGAAUGAGAGCGAACUUAGAAAGGAGUUUCAGAAUCUUUUAAAAGUCCGUCCAUUGUACAGUGAAGCAGACUACAAAAAUGCUUUAAAGCAUGGAAAUAGGAAAUCGUCUGUUCUGCCACUUGACAAGUUCAGUCUUUUCCUGUCUUCAAAUGUUCCAAAACGCGGCAACUAUAUCAAUGCAAUCACACUUCAGUCCUACACUAACCAGAAAGCAUUCAUAGUAACUCACUACCCCACAGAGGAGGACGCUGUUGACUUCCUUCGCCUGCUCACUGACCAUGAAUCAGAUAUCGUGAUUUGUAUGGAUCCUCUGACAGAUAUUGACUCGAGUAAAGUAUGGCUUCCAGACGCUCAUCGUUCUAAGAACAUACCGCCAUUCACCGUACAUUGUCAACAGGAACAACACACCAACAUUAAGUGUACCACAGUCCACAUUGUUAGCAAUGGGAUGAAUGAUGAAGCAUCGUCUGUUGCAAUUGUACAGCCUAUGUAUGGAUUGAAGCCAUCGGAUCAUUCAACAAGCGUAUCACAGCUCCUUGGUUUAGUGUCUUUUAUUUCAAACAAUGAACCGGAGGGCCCCGUAACUAUUGUUAGCAGGAACGGUGCGGAUCUAUGUGGAGUGUUCUGUGCUGUCUACAAUAUAAUACAACAGUUACAAAUGGACGGGGAGGUGGAUAUUUUCACAACGGUCAGACAACUACAAAUAAGACGACCGGAACUAUGUUCUUCAAUGGAGGAGUAUGGAUUGAUAUACAACUGUGUGUUGAAUAAUAUCCGGGCUCUAGAUGACUCUUCCGCUGAAAAUAUCUACUAUAACCAAUAAAAAAAACAUCUAAUGAAUACAGAGGUGCACCUGUAAAAUACGAACAUAAAUAUAAAACAAAACAAAAGUAGAGACAAAAAAUGUUUUAAAUGUCAUAUUAAUGUCAAAAAUGUGUCCUAAAUUUGACAAUCAAAGAAUCGUUCCCCUAUUAUUCAAUAAAAUUACAAGGAUAUUUGGUUUAAAA